CAGUAAUUUUUUUGACAAAUGAUUUAAUCUAUAGUGAAGUUAACCAGCUUUUAAUCCAGAUGUUGAAAUCAGUUGUAUAAAGAAGCAACUUUAUUACAAUUAUUCAGUUGACUUUUAUAUGGUGCAGUCAAAUGAAAACCAGCUGGCUGAAAAAUGAUGUGCAUGAUGCAAAUGAUCGUCAUGGUGUGUUGUUGAUUGAAUUUCUGGAACAGGGAGAUAGUCAAUGCUGAGCAAUAUACAAUAUAUCAAAACCCUGAUGAACCUUCAUGUAAUAAAGGACAAGUGCCCAGGAUUGCUGACCAAAGCUCAAGAUGCUGCAGCCUCUGUUCUUCAAGGCACAUUGAAACAAGAAUCCAUUCCUUUAGAUAUGUUAAUUAGUGAUGUUCAAGAUCAUUACAGAACCUUCCAAAUGUUGGAACGCUUGUUACAUUCACCACCUCGACUUUCUGAACAAUGGACUUUCCAAAUAACACCUAGUAUCCAAAAAAUGUUAAUAGAAAGAUAUUAUGAAUUUGAUAGCUCAGUGAUAAGAGAAUUUCUAGGUAAAAAAUUAUCAUCUCGUAACAGAAAGGAUCUAGAUGAAGUGAGUGAAAAAACUGGGAUUCACAUCAAGAGUUGUAGGCGACAGUUUGAUAAUGUCAAGAGAGUUUAUAAAGUAGUAGAUGAUAUGAUUGGUCCUCUUGUUCAGAAUAUACAAAACCAGUUCCUUCUUUCUGAAAAUUUAGCAAGAAAGUAUGCAGCUGUUGUGUAUCUUACAAAUAACAGAUUUGAAACAGGAAAAAGAAAAUUACAGUAUUUAACAUUCAAUGAUUUUCUACAUUGUGCAAAUCAGAUGAUGUCUAAUUGGUCUUGUAUGAAAACAGAUUGUAAAUAUGAAGAAACUGCUAUGGAAAUGGACAGAGAAUUUUUGCAAGAAUUAAGAGAAAUGAAGUUACUUUUGGAAAGAGAUCAUCUUGAUAGUCAUAAACAUUUAGUCCUUUCUGCUUUAAAAGCAAAAAUCACAGAAAGAACUUACAGUGAUUUAGAAAAUACUUUUAAAGUAAGUAUAUUAAUAUCAAAUUAUUCAAUAUUACUUUCCCAGAUGUUAUAGAAUAUAACAUAAAGUAUGGUGACUAGUCAAAUUUUGAUCUCCUGGUUUUGCAUUUUGCAUUUCUUGAUAUUUUGACACUCGAGCCCAAAAAUGUAAAAUAGAACACCAUAUAAAAUUGUGUGUGUUUUGGUAUAUUAUUUUGCAUUAUAUGUCAAUGUUGGAUGAACCAAAAGUUUGAAACUUGGCAGGAUUAUUUUUA